AUGCGCAGCUCAAUCAUUUCCUCCUUGUUGAUAGCUCCAAUAAUUAGCACCCUUGCUGCACCAACGGUCGAGCAACUUCACCCAUUCAAUCAAGUCGAUUGGGAGAGAGAACUCCUCGGACGAAGCGACGACGAUGGCCUCCAGAAACGUGCUCGAUCUGAGAAGAGUAUAGACGCAAUCUUCAAGAGCUUAGGCAAGCUGUACUUUGGUACCUGCGCAGAUGCCGGUAGCUUGGCAAAGACAGACAAUGCCGAUGUUAUCAAGGCCGAUUUUGGACAAGUCACGCCCGAGAACAGCGGAAAGUGGGAUACCACCGAGGCCAGUCAAGGCAAAUUUAACUUCAACGGUCUCGACACUCUGGUGAACUGGGCGCAGACAAACAACAAAUUGGUUCGUGGACAUACCACUGUUUGGUACUCUCAGUUGCCUUCAUGGGUCUCUGCAAUCACCAGCAAAGAUACUCUCACUACUGUCAUCCAAACCCACGUCAGCACAGAGAUUGGCAGAUAUGCGGGCAAGAUCUUGCAAUGGGACGUCGUAAACGAGAUGUUUGAUGAAAGUGGUGGACUCCGGUCCUCAGUCUUCUCAAAAGUCCUUGGCGAGGAUUUCGUUCGCAUUGCAUUCGAAGCAGCCAAGAAAGCCGACCCUGCUGCGAAGCUUUUCAUCAACGAUUACAAUACUGUUGAGAAGGGAGCAACCUAUGCCAAGACCACUGGCAUGAUCAAAUAUGUCACAAAAUGGAUCGCAGCCGGUAUUCCCAUCGAUGGCAUCGGAGCACAAGCACACUUGAUGGCAGGAGAAUCGAAGAACGUUGCCGCUUCGCUUGCAGCUCUCUGUGCUGCUGCUCCUCAAUGCGCACUGACGGAAGUCGACAUUGUAAACGCAGCCGCAGCGGAAUAUGUUCAGACCGUCAAAGCGUGUGUCGAUAUCACUAACUGCGUGGGUGUUACUGUUUGGGGUGUUCGUGACCCCGACUCUUGGAGAGCUUCCAACAACCCACUUCUUUUCAAUUCCGCGUAUGCCACUAAGCCUGCAUAUUCUGCUCUGGUUGAAACUUUGGGUGCUUUGCCUACAGCCACUGCUCGACCAAGAAUGUAA